UCUUGCGCCGCAAGGCAAAGUCAAGUUUCGUCUCGGGCUCUGGGGUCUGGACGGGUUAAAGUGCAGCUCUCAGUCUCUGCGGCCUUUCUUCUCGGCGUUUGUGGAAUAGCAGAAUUGGAGUGAGGCGAGGCAGAGAAGCGACAUGGCUCUUCUUGCGCACGGCAUCGCUGGUGCUGCGGGUGCGCACGUCGGUGUCCAGAACGGAGCUGCUUCCAGAUUUUCCAGCUUGAGUACAUCGCAAUUUGCGCAGAGUUUUUUGCCUCUUCGACCUCCGUCUCGUUCGUACGAAAAGUAUGGUGCGGACCUCGGCACUCCCGGCGUCAGGAUUCAGAGAGGAGCACAAUGCUCUGCCAUGGUGCAGACGAAGAUUCCCGACACUGCCCCUCAGCGAGCCCCUUCAGCAGUUCGUCGGCACACUAUAUCUGUGUUUGUGGGAGAUGAAAGCGGUAUGAUCAAUCGAAUUGCCGGGGUCAUCGCUAGGAGAGGGUACAAUAUCGAUUCUUUGGCUGUCGGUUUGAACAAAGACAAGGCUUUGUUUACCAUCGUUGUGAACGGAACCGAGCUCGUUUUGCAACAAGUCAUGCAGCAACUCUACAAACUUGUGAACGUGCGACAGGUCGCAGACUUAACAAAAGCAAAGAGGGUGGAGCGAGAAUUGAUGCUUUUGAAGAUCCAUGUACCUGCACAAAAUCGCGUAGAGGUUCAGGGAUUGGUACAAAUUUUCAGAGGUCGUGUGGUAGACGUUGCCGAAGACUCAUUGACAAUUGAAGUAACUGGUGAUCCAGGAAAAUUGGUGGCAUUUCAGUCGACAAUGAACAAGUAUGGAAUCAAAGAGCUAGCAAGAACUGGAAAGAUAGCUUUGAGGAGGGAAUUGCCCGCAAAAACAGCUGUCAUAGGUUCAAGAGCACCUGAGGACUCAGAUAUCGAGGAUUCGGACAUCCAAGCGGUAAAUGGAACGGUUGAUUUUGUAGAGCAUCGCACAAGUCCGGCACCUGGUGGUUCCGAGGAGGGAGAUGUCUAUGCCGUGGAACAGGACAAUGAUGGAGUCUGGUAUCACCAGGUCCUUGAUGCUCAUUGGGGGAUUGUAGACGCCGAAGAUGAUUCAACUGGCUACAAGUCUCAUACUAUAUCUAUGUUGGUGAAUGAUUCUCCUGGUGUACUCAACCGGGUCACCGGUGUUUUUGCCAGGCGUGGUUACAACAUUCAGAGUCUGGCCGUAGGUCAUUCUGAGAAAGCAGGUGUAUCACGCAUGACUAUGGUUGUUCCAGGAACUGAUGACUCAGUGAAAAAACUCUUGAGUCAGAUCCUGAAGCUAAUUGAUGUCAUCGAGGUGGAAGAUAUUACAAACUUGCCAUUUGCCGAAAGGGAGCUUAUGCUUAUCAAAGUCAAUGCAAGAACUGACAAUAGGAGAGAGGUUAUGGACAUCGCCAGCAUCUUUCGGGCUAAGAUUGUAGAUGUCUCGAAUCACACCAUCACACUUGAGGUCACUGGAAUAUUGGAGAAGAUGGCUGCAUUGCAAAGGUUAUUGGAACCCUAUGGUAUCCUAGAGGUUGCAAGAACCGGCCGUGUCGCUCUGGUCAGGGAUUCAGGUAUCGCCUGAUGUGUACCAGUUGUUGAGUGGUAAAAAAAAACAUGGUUGGAUAUCGUCGUCCUGACGCCAGGAACCUGGCUCAUCAUGAAUGUAAACGGUUCUGAAUGUACAUGGAAAAGAAAAUGCAGAGGUAAUGUCAAAGACAUUGGAUUUUGAGGGUACACUGGUUGAAAUGGAGACGGACCUUGUUGUACAACUGAAUUUACAGUCUGGUCAUGUUUCUUUACACCUCUCUUGCUUGAUAAGAAGGGCGUAUGUGUAGGUAUUAAAGCUCUCAAAGGGUUAAUAUUGUAAUAUUGAGACCUUACCCUAAUUAGUUACAAAUAUGAUGCACUUUCGUGCAUAUGGAAGAUUGUCAUAAUGUUCUUAACCAUACAACUUGGAGAGGACGUAUGGGAGGAUCAUUGACAUCAGAGACACGUGGCAUGUUUCCUCAUUAACCAACAGAGAUACAUAGGCAGUCGUAAUAGUACUGAUGCAAGUCAAUAAAGUGUGUUCUUUUCUCAAUCCAACUGUAUCUCACCUUUCGAUAGGCCCUCCUUUA